UGGAGGGAGGAGCAGAGCAGAAGCCGAGGAAGAAGAAGAAGAAGAAGAAGAGGCCGGAGCCGGACUCAGGGCAGCUUGGGAGCCAAGGCUGGUCUCCUCCAGAGUCAGGCGGACCCUUGAAGGCGGACCCUUGAAGGCACCAUGGACUUCUGGAGAGCGGAGAAGACAACACAACUUGGGAAGACCAAGAGGCCACCACGGAGGUCCUACACCAUUUACAGAAACCCGGCUGAAGCUGAAGGAGAUCCCGACGGGCUGCAGAUGAAGGUGGUGGAGACCGAGGAGACCUUGGGAAACGCUGGGGAGAAGCCCACGGACGGAGUGACCCGUUGCCCGUGGUGGACAGAGAGGUGGAAGGUGGUGGUCAGCAUCAUCCUGGUGGUCCUCUUCGUCUUUGUUGUGGGCUUCCUUCUGGGCUACGUCUCCAACCGAGGCUCCUCCUGCCCUUCGCCCGGAGACCUCCUGGUCAUGCCCAACGACGAGAGCCCCUUCGAGGCCGCCGACAAGGCCCCCGGACCCCCCACGUACUGGGCCGAACUCCGGGAGAUGUUCCAGAAGUACCUCAACGAGGAGAAGAUCGACGGGACCAUCCGGAAAAUGAGCGAAGCCCCCCACCCGCCCGGCUCGUCUCGCCUGGACGUCCUCUCCCGCCAAGUCCUGGACGCCUUUGCCUCUUACGGCCUGGACCACAGCUGGACUGAUAGCCAUUACGUGGGCCUCCAAGGCCCCAACUGGCGGCAACCAAAUUUCCUGCACCGCGUGGAUGCCAAUGGGGCCGUUCUGGAGAAGCUGCCCCUCGGGGACCCCCAGGUCUACUGCCCCUACAGCGCCUCCGGGAUCGUCACGGGCAACCUGGUUUAUGCAAACUACGGGCGCCAAAAGGACUUUGCUGUCCUGAAGCAGCGUGGGGUCGACCCCCAGGGUCAUCUGGUCAUUGUCCGAGUCGGGAAGAUCAGCUAUGCAGAAAAGGUGGCCAAUGCAGAGGCUGCGCAAGCCGGAGGUGUCCUUAUUUACCCGGACCCCUUUGAUGUCUUGCAAGACCCCCGCAAAUUGGGACUGCCCCCAAACAUAAGCAUUUAUGGACACGUCCACAUGGGUGCCGGGGACCCCUACAGCCCAGGCUUCCCGUCCUUCAACCACACGCAGUUCCCUCCGGUCCAGUCCUCGGGGCUCCCCAAAAUCCCCGCUCACCCCAUCAGCGCUGAAGUGGCCGCACGACUGCUCAGGCCCCUGAGUGGCCCCCCGGCCCCCCAGGCCUGGAAGGGCCGGAUACCCAGCAUCCCCUACCAACUGGGUCCGGCGGAACCGGGUUUCCUUCUGAAGCUGGGGGUCCAGAACGUCAAGAGGUCCGUCAUGAUCAACAACAUUUUUGGGUGCAUCGAAGGCCGCUUUGAGCCGGAUCUCUAUGUCAUUGUGGGUGCUCAGCGGGAUUCCCUGGGUCCGGGGGCCGCCCGGUCUGGAGUGGGCACAGCCAUUUUGCUGGAACUGGCCCGUACGUUCACCGCCAUGGUGAGGAAUGGAUUCCAGCUACGGCGGAGCUUGCUUUUCGUCAGUUGGGAUGCAGGGGAUUUUGGGAGUGUGGGCUCCACCGAAUGGCUUGAGGGAUAUCUCACAAUGUUGCACCUGAAAGCAGCCGCAUACAUCAGUCUGGAUAAUGCUGUUUUGGGAGAUGACAAAUUCUUCGCAAAGACCAGCCCGGCUUUGAUCGGUCUCAUUGAAAGCAUCAUCAAGCAGGUCGAUAGUCCGAACCGCAGCGGGCAAAGCAUCUUUGAGCAGAUGACCGAAUCAGGCCGGCGUUGGGAGAAUGAAGUGAUCCAGCCCAUUCCUAUGGACAGCAGUGCCUUUGCCUUCACCUCUUUUGGGGGUGUCCCUGCGGUGGAGUUCUCCUUCGCCGAGGACUCCCGGCCGUACCCGUUCCUCCACACGAUGCUGGACACCUACGACAACCUCAACCGGGCGCUCUAUGGGCGCCUCCCGGCUGUGGCCAAGACCGUGGCCGAAGUGGUGGGCCACCUGCUGAUCAAGAUGACCCACGACCACCUUCUGCCCCUGGACUACUGGUGCUAUGGGGACGUCCUCCUCCAGCACAUCGGGCGCUUCAACGAGUACAGCCCCCAGCUGAAGAGCCGUGGGCUGACCCUGCAGUGGAUGUACUCGGCUCGGGGAGACUACACGCGGGCGGCGGAGAAGCUACGGAAGGACAUCUACAGCUCCGAGGAAUACAACGAGCGGCUCCUGCGCAUGUACAACGUCCGCAUCAUGCGGGUGGAGUUCUACUUCUUGUCACAAUACGUAGCGGUGACGGAGACCCCCUUCCGGCACAUCCUGCACGGCCGGGGACCCCACACGUUGGGGGCUCUCCUGGAGCACGUGGGGCGCUUGCGGGAGGCCCCCGAGGCCUUCAACGAGACCCUCUUCCGCCGGCAGCUGGCCCUGGUCACCUGGACGCUGCAAGGAGCCGCCAACGCCUUGAGCGGGGACGUCUGGGACAUCGACAACGACUUCUGAAAGUCAGACAAGCAUCCUGGAAAACCCCGAAAUGUUCAAUACGAUGCUCCCAUUUUGUAUAGCAGGCAUGGGCCAACUUCGGCCCUCCCUCCAGGUGUUUUGGACUUCAACUCCCACAAUUCCUAACAGCCGGCAGGCUGUUA